CUAGUUCAGGACCGACAGCUGUCGCCAUUUCCAAGCGCCCUCUUUCAAAAUGGCAGCCCGAAGGAAGUUUGCGAGGAGGACGAGCGCGGUGGUCUAACUUAAGGACGUCAGCGCAACUUCCGGUCUGCUUGCAAGAUGGCUGCGCCCAGUGUUGGUUUCCAGCCUCGUGCACGGCGUUUUGCAGUGCAGGAGCCGGACUGGGACCAUGCGCCGCCUAAGAGGCCCCGGCUUGGGGCAGGAAGCAAGAGCGGAGGCCGUCGGCUCAUUGUGGUGCUGGAAGGGGCCAGUCUGGAGACAGUCAAGGUAGGGAAAACUUACGAACUGCUCAACUGUGACAAGCACAAAUCCAUGUUGUUGAAGAAUGGACGGGACCCAGGGGAAGUCAGACCAGACAUUACCCACCAGAGCUUACUGAUGCUGAUGGAUAGCCCCCUGAACCGAGCUGGCUUGCUACAGGUUUAUAUCCACACACAGAAGAAUGUGCUGAUUGAAGUGAACCCCCAGACUCGAAUUCCUAGAACUUUUGACCGCUUUUGUGGCCUCAUGGUCCAGCUUUUACACAAACUCAGUGUCCGGGCAGCUGAUGGCCCUCAGAAGCUUUUGAAGGUGAUUAAGAAUCCAGUGUCCGACCACUUCCCAGUUGGCUGUAUGAAAAUUGGCACUUCCUUUUCCAUGGCAGACGUCAGUGACGUGCGAGACAUGGUGCCCAGCAGCGACCCAAUUGUUUUCGUGGUCGGGGCCUUUGCCCAUGGCAAGGUCAGUGUGGAGUACACAGAGAAGAUGGUGUCCAUCAGCAACUAUCCACUUUCCGCUGCCCUUACCUGUGCCAAACUUACCACAGCCUUUGAAGAGGUGUGGGGUGUCGUGUGAGAACGGCAGAGCCUAGUUCUCAGACAGGACUCUUGGCUUUUGGUCUGUUGACUCCUACGAUAUGUCUGCUGGAAGAAAAUCUUCUGUACCAAGAUGGUAGAGUAGGAGCCAACACUAUAUUAGUUUUUUGUUUUUCCUAUAAAGACUGUGCUUUUCUUUUUUGCAAA